AGCAGCCCGAAGCCUCGACGCUGGAGACCCGACCCGCCUCCGCCGCAUUGUCCCGUGCCCGGCACCCCGGCCCUGAGCCGCGCUGCAGCAGCGCCCGCUCACCCGAGGCUCACGGGGCCAUGCGGAGAGCCGCCGGGAUGGAGGACUUCUCCGCAGAGGAAGAGGAGUCCUGGUACGACCAACAGGACCUGGAGCAGGACUUGCACCUGGCUGCGGAGCUGGGGAAGACCCUGCUGGAGAGGAACAAGGAGCUGGAGGAGUCUCUGCAGCAGAUGUACGCCACCAACGAGGAGCAGGUGCAGGAGAUUGAGUACCUGACGAAGCAGCUGGACACGCUGCGGCACGUGAAUGAGCAGCAUGCCAAAGUAUACGAGCAGCUGGACCUGACAGCCCGAGACCUGGAGCUGACCAACCAGAGGCUGCUGCUGGAGAGCAAGGCUGCCCAGCAGAAGAUCCACGGGCUGACAGAGACCACAGAGCGCCUACAGGCUCAGGUGGAGGAGCUGCAGGCCCAGGUGGAGCAGCUGCGGGGCCUGGAGCAGCUGCGAGUGCGCCGGGAGAAGCGGGAACGCAGGCGCACCAUCCACACCUUUCCCUGCCUCAAGGAGUUGUGCACCAGCCCCCGGUGCGAGGAUGCCUUCCGCCUGCACAGUUCCUCUCUGGAGCUGGGCCCGCGCCCCCUGGAGCAGGAGAACGAGCGGCUGCAAACCUUGGUGGGCGUGCUGCGCUCCCAGGUGAGCCAGGAACGGCAGCGCAAGGAGCGCGCGGAGCGCGAGUACACGGCCGUGCUGCAGGAGUACUCGGAGCUGGAGCGGCAGCUGUGCGAGAUGGAGGGCUGCCGCCUGCGCGUCCAGGAGCUGGAGGCCGAGCUGCUGGAGCUGCAGCAGAUGAAGCAGGCCAAGACCUACCUGCUGGGCCGGGAGGACCACCUGGCCGAAGCUCUGCUCGCGCCCCUUACCCAGGCCCCUGAGGCUGACGACCCGCAGCCGGGGAGCGGGGACGACCCGGGCGCACAGGACGGAGUCUCCUCUCCUGCCGCCUCCCCAGGCCAUACGGUGCGCAAGAGCUGCAGCGACACGGCGCUCAACGCCAUCGUGGCCAAAGACCCGGCCAGCCGGCAUGCGGGCAACCUGACGCUGCACGCCAACAGCGUGCGCAAGCGCGGCAUGUCCAUCCUGCGGGAGGUGGACGAGCAGUACCAUGCGCUGCUGGAGAAGUACGAGGAGCUGCUGAACAAGUGCCGGCAGCAUGGCGCCGGGGUGCGGCACGCAGGCGUGCAGACCUCGCGGCCCAUCUCCCGGGACAGCUCGUGGAGGGACCUGCGCGGGGGUGAGGAGGGUCAGGGCGAGGCCAAGGCGGGCGAGAAGAGCCUGAGCCAGCACGUGGAGGCCGUGGACAAGCGGCUGGAGCAGAGCCAGCCCGAGUACAAGGCGCUCUUCAAGGAGAUCUUCUCCAGGAUCCAGAAGACCAAGGCAGACAUCAACGCCACCAAAGUCAAGACGCACAGCAGCAAGUGAGCUUUCCUCUCCUGGGCCUGCGGUGGCCCAGGUCACAACGCCCCUGUGCCCACACCGGGCAGCCCCUGGUCAGUGAGAGCGCUUUGGCAGCAAUAGGACACAGCCAAGGCUGCUCAGGGGUGUGUGUGAGAAAAGGGGCUUCUGAUCCGGGGACACAGCAUGCUUCCUGCAGAUGGGUAGGUGGUCAUUGCGUC